AUGUCUUUCUUCCUUACUUCAGAAUCAUCCCCUUCCAACUCGGAGGAUACCUCUCCAGCGACGUCACCGGGCUCAGGUGUGCAGUCGGUGGACGACAGCGAGAGCGCGAACAGGAGCUGGGGUAGGACGACCUUGGUGCCAGAGGGCACCUAUGACGACCGCUACGACGAGGAUGUGCGUAAAGCAUCGAAGAACCGGGACGUCGUCCGCCAUGAUACCAUCCACUUGCACCCGCUUUCACCGCUUUCUCGGGGAGCGUCAGAGCUCAUCCAACAGGCUCCAUCACCUACCCUAGCGAACGGCGAUGACGAUGACGAUGGAGGAGACGAUUUUCUCUUCGGAGUUGAUGCGAGACUGGACCGGGAAAGAGCGCAAGAAUCGAGCUCGCCAGUGACGAGUAUGGCUUCGGGAUCGAGCUCUGAGCUGCGCCUCAGCUCGUCGGCCACGAGUUCGAUACUUAGUUCGAGGAGCUCGAUUCGACGCAGGACCUCCUCACUGCGACGGGUGACGAUCGGAGGGCCCAUCGCACCGCCCACACCGCCGUUCACCCCAACGCACAGACGGGUUCUUUCGUCCAUUUCCUCAUUAUCCUCAACGCUCUCUAGCCCCACACCUCUUGCGAUCCCUCCACCCCGUAUUCGCGAAUUCGAGACCCCUCCUGCGCCGAUCGCACCAGCUGCCGAACCUUCACAACUGCCCCUCCCACGUCCGAGUACAGAUAAACCUGAGGAAAAGGCAAGGACGCAUCACAGACGGCGCAGUUCCGGGGUGCGCAGAGCAAGUGGCAGGGUUCGAGUGAGACAGAAGGUUCAGGAGGAGGGCAUCUCUCGCGAUUUCUUCCUUAUCAUUGGAUUAUGUGUGGGGUUGGCUUGUGCCUGCGUUCUUGUUCUCCGUCCCGCAGUGAUGGCAGCUGUAGGUUACGGGACGCUAGGAGGAGUGUUGGAAUUGGAGUGA